CUGCGAUGAUAAAACGAGAACGCUCUUUAUAAAAUGAUCUCCAAUCCAUAAUAAGAAUAAAAAUUUCGAACUAAAUCAUGUUGAUUUCAGCAACACGUGACAGGCAAUAUAAAUAAGAUCAAAAAUAUCUCGUACCAUCACAAACUGAACUCACGAGUGAGAUAUCAGCAAAUCUUGGAUUUUUUGCUCCACUGAGCGCCCUGCACCCUCUGUUCCAGAUGAAUUGCCUUCAGAAUCUUCCGAGAUCCUCGGCUUUGCCUCUGCAGAGCUUGAAAAGCCAGUCUGGAAAGCUUCCAUGCGCUGUAACUUUAUUGGGAAUGGUAAAAGGCAAUGAUUUACCUCAAACCCGCAUCGUUGUUGCUAAGGCAGUACCGGGCUCUGCUCCCAGUACGGAAAAUGAGACUUCCAAAGCGGAAGAGAAAUCUGAAACAUACAGUCAAGACAUGACGGUAGCUAUGGGAGCGGUCUUAACAUAUCGGCAUGAACUUGGAAUGAACUACAACUUCAUUCUUCCGGACUUGAUUGUCGGUUCAUGCCUACAGACUCCGGCUGAUGUCGACAAGCUUCGUGAUAUUGGAGUGAAAACUAUAUUUUGCUUGCAACAAGAUUCAGAUCUUGAAUAUUUUGGGGUUGAUAUUGCUGCCAUUCGACAAUAUGCCAACAGCUCUGGCGACAUUCAACACCUCCGAGCCGAAAUUAGGGAUUUUGAUGCAUUUGAUCUGAGAAUGCGGCUUCCGGCAGUGGUAAGUAAACUGUACAAGGCCAUUAACCGGAAUGGAGGUGUGACCUAUAUACAUUGCACCGCCGGUCUUGGAAGAGCUCCAGCAACUGCACUUGCAUACAUGUUUUGGGUUCAAGGCUAUAAGCUCAGCGAAGCACAUAAACUGCUCAUGAGCAAGCGGUCAUGCUUUCCAAAGUUAGAUGCUAUAAAAAGCGCAACUGCUGAUAUUCUUACAGGCCUUAAGAAGAAACCUGUGACAUUCAAAUGGCGAGGUGUUGAUUGUUCUACAGUAGAAAUUUCUGGACUGGACGUCGGAUGGGGUCAGAGAAUACCUUUGUCAUAUGACAAAGAUCAAGGAUUUUGGUUUCUUCACCGAGAAUUGCCGGAAGGACAGUAUGAGUACAAGUACAUUGUGGACGGCAAAUGGGUCUGCAAUGAAUACGAACUCAUCACGGGUCCGAACAAAGAUGGCCAUGUCAACAACUACGUAAAGGUUAUCGACGAUGACCCUAGCAGCAUCAGUGCUGCAAUUUGGACAAGAUUAAUAGGCGACGACCCUGAUCUUUCGACCAACGAACGCCUCAUAAUUACACAGUUUCUGGAGGCAUGUCCGGACGAGGAUUAGUUGUGUGGGAAUGAGUUUUUCUUGUCAUUAUAGAUAUAAAGUUGUAUAGGCAUGUUUAGGCCAGAAUACAGGCACCUGUAUUAUAAGCAAUAAAGAACACAUGCUUCUUAUUAAUUAAUAAAGGUGAUUAUAUAGAUCGAAAAUUUUUUA